AUGCUGAAGCGGUUGAGAAGAGGAUUGUGGAACUAUCGCACUGUCGCCCUGAUCGUCCUCACACCUCUGCUGCUGCUUCCUCUUCCUCUUGUCAUCGGGACGAAGGAGGCAGAAUGCGCCUUCGUGUUGCUGCUGAUGGCGACGUACUGGGUGAGCGAGGUGAUUCCUCUGUCCAUGACCGCCAUGCUGCCCGCCAUCCUCUUCCCAGUGUUUGGCAUCAUGAAGUCCUCGGACGUGGCGAAGGAGUACUUUAAAGACUUCCACUUGUUGCUGGUCGGCGUCAUCUGCCUCGCCACGUCCAUCGAGAAGUGGGGUCUCCACCGCAGAAUCGCCUUGAGGCUCGUCACCAUGGUGGGAGUCAACCCUGCAUGGUUGAUGCUGGGCUUCAUGUCCGGCUGUGCAUUCCUCUCCAUGUGGGUCCAGAACACCUCGGCUGUUACCAUGGUGAUGCCCAUCGUGGAGGCUGUUCUCCAGCAGCUCCUGAAGUCCAAGGACGAAGGAUUCGGCGAAGACAACCCCGACCUGCAGCUGGACGAAACAGACGGCCAUGUUGGAAAGAUGGAAGAAAUCGUGAGUGACAAGACGGAUCCAGAUGUUCCUGAAGAGACGUUCACUUGUGUUCAGAUACAGACAGCUGCAGCUCAGGUUGCUGAGCCUCCCAGCAGGAGUAAGCAGGACCUGGCGUUGUGUAAAGCCAUGUGCAUCAGCGUCGCCUACUCCUCCAACAUCGGAGGCAUUGCCACGCUGCCCGGCACGUCGCCCAACCUCAUCUUCUCCGAGUACCUCAACCAGAUUUACCCAAACUGCAACUGCAUAAACUUCGGGAACUGGCUCCUGUUGUGUCUGCCCGUCAGUGUGAUCAUGCUGCUGCUGACAUGGAUGUGGCUGUACUGGCUUUUCAUUGGCUCAGACUUCAGGUUCCUGUGGCGAUGUGGAGGAGGAGGGCAGUCGGAGAAAGAGACAGCAGCGAGAAAAGUCAUAGAAGAAGAGUACAGGUCACUGGGACCCAUGAGUUCUCAGGAGUCGGUCACUGCGGUGGUUUUCUUGAUGAUGGUGUUGUUGUGGUUGACCAGAUCUCCAGGUUUCAUGCCGGGCUGGACUUCCCUCUUCCCUCACAAUCACUCGGGCCACAUCACUGACGCCACCGUGGCUCUGCUGCUGGGCCUCCUCUUCUUCAUCGUACCUGCCUACGGACCGUCCAGAAAAUACGAGGCCAUGAUCUCCUGGAAGGACUUCCAGGCCUCCAUGCCGUGGAGAGUAGCCCUGCUGGUCGGUGGAGGCUUCGCACUCGCUGAGGGCACAAAGGAGUCGGGCCUGUCUUUGUGGGUGGCCAAACUGCUGACACCUUUGGGUGAUCUGCCAGUCUUGGCCACAAUCGCAGUCGCCUGCAUCAUCGUCACCACGGUAACAGAGGUGGCCAGCAACGCCGCCACCAUCACCAUCUUCCUCCCCAUCCUCUCUCCUCUGGCUGAGGCCAUCCACGUCAAUCCGCUGUACGUCCUGAUCCCCACCACCCUCUGCACGUCCUUCUCCUUCCUGCUGCCCGUGUCCAACCCGCCCAACGCCGUGGUGUUCGCCUACGGACACAUCAACAUCCUGGACAUGGUGAAGGCGGGGCUUGGCGUCAACGUGAUCGGAGUCCUCGCCGCCCUCUUGGCCGUGGCCACAUGGGGCGUUCCGUUGUUUUCCCUGGAUACGUACCCUGACUGGGCGCCGGUCCUCCCCGGGUUCAACGCCACAAUACCAUGAUGGUACAGAUCUCACUGAGAGGCUCGGGGACAUUGAAGGGGCUCUAAGGAGGCUGAAUGGUCUUUAUCAUCAAAUUAAUACAUGAAAAGUAAAAAGGUGUUACUUGUGGCGAUCAAACCACGGAGAAUUACCACCGUCUCUUCAAGUUUAUAGAGCUUUUUUUAGCCCGUUUUAGCUCCUAGUCUUGUUUAUUGCAGCACAUUUCCCGUCUGGUUCAGUGACGUUGUUUUGUGUGCUGAUGGAGCGGUUACAAUGUUAGCAUAGCCUAGCAACAAUGGAUGUCAGCCCCAUUGAGAAAACAAACAUUUUAAAAGUUAUUUGCUUGUCG